AUGUUCAUAUGUGUCUUAUUCUUUUUGAAACUAUUAUUAUAUUCGUUGAUUGCAGCAAAACCAGAAUUAACAUUUGAUGAAUUUUUCGAUUAUACAGAUUUUGUAUCUUUGAGCUUUUCUCCAAAUGGUAAAUAUUUACUUAUUGAAACCUUACGAUCAGAUUGGAAUUCGAGCACCUACGAUAAUAGUUUUUGGUUGUAUGAAAUAAAAACGAAAAGAAAAAAUCUAAUUGUAAUAAACAAAGGUGGAUCUUCACAACCACAAUGGUCACCAAGUGGAAAUUGGAUUGCUUUCUUGAGAACCGAGAGUGCAACAACGACUACUACAAAACAAUAUAAGCGUGAUCAACGUUCAUUCGAAAAUAUUGAAAAAAAGCAACAAUUUAUAUAUUUAUAUUCAAUUAAAUCCAAGAAAGUGUUACCAGUUUUAGUUGGUACCGAAAUGCCAUCGACUUUAGCAUGGUCCGAUAGUGAUUCAUCUAUUUAUUUUAUUACGACUAAAACAAAAAACACAGACGACGAUCAAGUCGAAUGGAAAGAUGUAAUUGACUAUCGAAAGAGCAUUCAUGACUAUGUUAGUACUAUUAAUUGUCUUGUUUUCGAAAGAAAAAAUCAAAUGUCAUUAAUGGAAAUACGUACUAUUCGAGAUGUUCCUUUCCUAAUUGGCGAACUAUUAUUUAGUUCUAUUGUACAAAAGCUUGUAUUUACGUCAUUAUCACGGCUAACUGAAUAUAUGGAAAAUUUUGAAAUAUAUUCAAUUGAUGUUAAAAAUUCAACAAUAAUAUCCAGAUUGACGAAAAAUAAUUUAUUUGAAACACAAUUAACAUUGUCAAAUGAUGGAAAAUACGUUCUUUUUCGACAGCACAGUCGUAGUGUGAAUCAAAAAGAAGAAUUUGCUGAUGUACACCGACGACUAAGUUCCUUAGAUUUAACAACUGGUCACAUUAAACGUUUGGUAAAAGAUUUUUCUGGUAAUAUUUUCGGAUAUAUACUUAAUCCUAAUGGUGGUGUUUAUAUACUUGGCCAAUUAGGAACUGAAAUUCAUGUUUAUACGCAACGAUCAUCAACAGAUAACACAAUUGAUUGUCAUGGAUGGAAUGGUACUUAUCAUCUUAUUUCAUCAUCUUUGGGUCGAACACGUACAGUUGCAUUCGUUUAUUCGUCUCUCGAUAAACCGAAAGAAGUUUAUAUUAUUGAUGAUAUUAAUCGAAUUCAAUCGGCGCGUGCAAUAACAAACGAAAAUAAUCUAUUUACUAAACGACAUUUGCCAAAAACUAAAGUGUACACUUGGAAAAGUGAUCUAGAUAAUCAAACAAUAGAAGGAAUUUUACAUUAUCCACCAGGAAAAUUCGAAUCUAAAAAAUUACCUCUUUUAGUUCUCAUUCAUGGUGGCCCAUACGACAUGAGUCUUAAUGCAUUUGAAGCAAACUGGUAUAAUUGGGCUCCCAUAGCAGCUGUUAAAGGCUGGCUAGUUCUCGAACCCAAUUAUCGUGGAUCGACGGGAUAUGGUGAUCAAUUUGUUAACGAUAUUCGUUUUCAACCCUUGUCUCGACCAGAAAGAGACAUUCUUUCAGCAGUUGACAAUCUAAUUAAAGAUGGCAUAGCUAAUCCAAAGAAGUUGAAUGUUGGUGGUUAUAGUUAUGGUGGUUUUCUAACAAACUGGUUGAUUACACAAACUACACGUUUCAAUGCUGCGUUAUCUGGUGCCGGUUCAGUCGAACAUGUUUCUUCUUGGGGUACUAUGGAUAUACCGUUGCUUUUAAAUUAUUUGUUUGGAGGAUUUCCGUGGGAAGUACCAGAAAUAUACAACAACCAAUCAGCUAUUUAUCAUUUAGAUCGUGUACGUACAGCAACACAUAUAAUUACUGGCGAAGAUGAUGUUCGAGUGGAUGCAGAUCAAAGUUAUAUUUUAGAACGUGGACUUUAUACUUUAGGAAUACCUGUACAAUUAUUAGUUUUUCCAAAAGAAGGACACGGACUACAGAAUAAUCCUUGGCAUGGAAAAAUCAAAGUUCGUGAAGAACUCAAAUGGCUUGAGAAAUAUGGCCAUGGUUUACAAUAG